GUCAAUUUUUACGGAGAAGCUUCAGUUGCUGUCAAGGCAAGAUGGCGCUUUUAUUCAUCAAGCAAAAGUUCUUUCCGAACCAAAGCAACAACCGCAAGUCCAAAGACAGCAGUGAGUAUUCCCUUGCGAACAACUCCACAGACCCUUGCUAACCCUAUCCAGGAAAACCACUCCUCUCCCCCAAAUACUCAGAUACCCUCCACGCCUCCGACUCAGACCUCGAAUCGCAACGCUCCUACAGCACAUUCCGCAAUCCAUCUGAUCUCGAAAACGACGAAAACGACGAUAACGACGCCGACAGCACUUCCAGUGGCAGCACACGCGCGCGCAUCAACCCGCGCAUCGUCUCGGACGCGAUCUUGGGUCUAUCAGAUGGAUUGACGGUUCCGUUUGCGCUGAGCGCAGGUUUGUCUGCACUGGGGAACACCAAGGUUGUUGUUCUGGGGGGGUUGGCGGAAUUGACGGCGGGUGCGCUUUCGAUGGGAUUGGGUGGUUAUGUUGGCGCGAAGAGUGAAGCAGAGUCGUAUGAAACCACUGUGCGCGAAACAAAAGAUUUGAUUGCAACAUCACCCAACGAAACCGGUGCCAUUGUGCACAACAUCUUCUCCUCGCAUGGUAUUCCCUCCGACGUUGUCAGUCAGAUCAACGCCUCCCUGCAUGCUUCCCAUGACCGCCUCCUUGAAUUCCUCAUCACUUUCCACCACAAAGAAUCGCAACCGGAUUGCAACCAAGCGUGGAUCUCGGCCAUUACUUUGGCAAUCGGUUAUUUCGUCGGCGGAUUCAUCCCUUUGAUUCCGUAUUUCAUUGUCAACCAAGUUCUCGUCGCGCUAUAUUAUAGUAUUGGCGUGAUGGCAGUGACAUUGUUGGCGUUUGGAUAUAUCAAGACGUGCAUCGUGCGUGGGUGGAGCGGACGUGAGAACAUCGUCGCCGGUAUCCGGGGAGGAAUUGAGAUGUGUUUUGUCGGCGGUGUUGCUGCCGGUGCUGCUAUUGCUCUGGUCAGGUUGAUUGACACUGCCUAACCAUCGCUCCCCCUUCCUCCCACUCUCUUUCGGUUCUUUUUUUUUUUUUUUUUU